UGCAUGUUGCGUGCGACUUUUGCGGGACCAACCGUGUGUGCGCGAUUGAUCCCGUGGUGUCAAAAAAUCGUGCGGGUUUUCGGGGGCGAUUUUUUUUUGUGCGUAUGCCGUCCGCAGCCGCGGCCCGAGCCCGAGAUACUUGUAUGUCAGACCCGCGUCGGCGUUGAGCGCGCGAUCUAAUUAUGAUCAAAUUAUUCUCGUUGAAACAAGCGAAAAAAGAUGGCGAGUCACCCAAGGCUGGCACCCAGAAGAAGGCGUCCGCGGCACAGCUGAGGAUCACAAAAGACAUAAACGAGCUCAAUCUCCCGAAAACGUGCGGCACCGAAUUCCCGGAUCCCGACGAUUUGCUAAGCUUUAAAUUAAUUAUCUGUCCAGAUGAAGGAUUUUAUAAAGGUGGUAGGUUCGUAUUUAGUUUCAAAGUCGGGCCCAAUUACCCGCAUGAGCCACCUAAGGUGAAGUGCGAGACUCAGGUUUAUCAUCCUAAUAUCGAUUUGGAUGGCAAUGUGUGCCUCAAUAUUUUGAGAGAAGACUGGAAGCCUGUACUCACGAUCAAUUCCAUCGUCUACGGCCUCCAGUAUCUCUUUCUGGAACCAAAUCCUGAGGACCCGUUAAAUAAGGACGCGGCUGAAGUUCUACAAAACAACAGAAGGGCUUUCGAACAAAAUGUAGCGAAAGCGAUGCGGGGUGGUUACGUAGGAUCCUAUUAUUUUGAACGGUGUCUCAAGUGAUACAGUGCCUCGCCGUCAAUACUGUACACGCUUCUCCAAGGACUCACUGUAGGUGAAGAGAUCCUAAACUAUGGAAUGAACGUAGGACCGCACGGUGUCCUCGUUAUCACUUGCGUGAUAACAUUAACAUAUUUACUUUCUUUAUGUCUUGCCAGGCCUAUAUACAUUUAAUUGAAAAAAUAUUUUUUUCUUUUGUUAGUCGAUCCAGGGUGAAUUGAAUUCAUCGUUCACUGUUUUCGAUGAUUACCAAAAAUGUUUAUUGGCCGUGGCAUUAUUUUAGUGAAUUUGAAGUGCAGUGUUGAAGGGAUCGUAGAAUUAUAGUUUGACAUUUGGCAGAUAAUAGAUGUUACGAUGUGAUAUAUUUGAUUGUGUUACACGUAACGAUUCUGGACCCGAAAUUGGGUUGUUUCUGGAUCCUGAAUUUUUAAACCUGUUUUGUGUUUUUAUAGAUACCUUAAUUUAUGAAAUAUUUAUUUUCUAGGAGGCAUAACCCAUUUUCGUAUUAAUUUUUCACCGUAGCAUCUAUCAAAAUCUGCUUCUCUCAUUUAAAUGUAUGUACAAGUAACUUAUGUAUUGACUGAGAAUGGAAUAUAAGGCUGUUACAAAACUGCAAAAUGUUUCGUUUGGAUUUUCGCAGACAGCAUAUUUUUACACCCGACAGAACAGGUCUCUUUCUAGAAUGCGUAAAAAUAACUAUGGAUGUCUUUUUAUGAAACAAGUUCGAAUUUAUUUCACACUAAGCGAGGAAAUCGGCUUGCUUUAUGUACAAGUACAAGUACCUUAUAGCAGUCGCUAACAAUUAUGAGAUUACAAUACAAUCGUGAGAUUUGUUAUGCUACAAAAUUUAAUUUAUUAUACUCCAUAAUUACUAGAAAUGUUGGAAAGUGUAUUUUGAACGUCACGCUUGUACAGAGUCUAUAUAAAAUAAUUGAGCAUAUCUCAAUGUAGUUUAGAAAAAUUGAUACAUGCAAGAAUCACAGAAAUACUUAUAUAACAAAGUGUGUUGAAAUGUGCCACCGAUACUUCUUUCUGCUAUUUGCUCUUGUAUUGAUGUAUAAAUCGGAAUAUUUAGGUAACAUCGUAUAUAUAUCUCUCCAAUCUGUAUGCAUUUUGGAAUUCAUAAUAGUAAAAUGUGUACAAGCGUUGGUGAAAGUAAGAAAAAAUAAUCAUGAGAUCAAUUAUAUCUAUAAAACUAUUUACGAAAAGAUAAUUUUUUAUUUAUCUUAAU